UGCGUGAGCGUGAGCGCGCACGUGCGUGGGCCUAGGAGGGACAGCGGACUAUCCGGGGGGGGAAUAAUGCCCAAACGAUCGGAGGAGAUGCUGGCACACCUGAGGACUUCACUGCUGCUCAUGUGGAUUACGUGCGCUCUUCAUGUUUCCAUGGCUCCCUUCAGCAACCAGUCGAAAAGUUUACAAACUGGAUCAGGGGGUCCGCACGAGCCUGCUGACGGACAGAGAGUUCUGAGUCGUGCCAAGAGGGGAUGGGUGUGGAAUCAAAUGUUUGUGCUGGAAGAGUUCUCUGGACCUGACCCAAUUCUAGUUGGCAGGCUGCACACGGACCUGGACGUGGGCGGGAAGAGCAUCAAGUACGUGCUGGCGGGCGAGGGCGCGGGCACCAUCUUCGCCAUCAACGAGAAGACGGGCGACAUCCACGCCAUGAAGAGGCUGGACCGGGAGGAGAAGGCAGAGUACACGCUGACGGCGCAGGUCAUCAACCGGGAGACCAACGAGCCCAUGGAGCCCCCCUCCGAGUUCACCAUCAAGGUGCAGGACAUCAACGACAACGCGCCCGAGUUCAACAACGGCCCCUACCACGCCACUGUGCCCGAGAUGUCCCCAGUAGGCACAUCAGUCACCAAGGUGACGGCGACAGAUGCAGAUGACCCGGUCUACGGGAACAGCGCAAGGCUGGUGUACAGCAUUUUGGAAGGACAGCCUUAUUUCUCCAUUGACCCCAACAGCGCGGACAUCAAAGUUGCCCUGCAGGCGAUGGACCGUGAAAUGAGGGAAGAGUACCUGGUCGUCAUUCAAGCCAAGGACAUGGGGGGUCACAUGGGAGGGCUGUCCGGCACGACGACCGUCACCAUCACGCUAACCGACAUCAACGACAACCCACCCAAAUUCUCCAAAAAUUUGUAUGAAUUUACAAUACCGGAGGAUCUGGGCAUCGGAAAAGCGGGAGGGAAAGUGAAGGCAAAUGACAGGGAUGUGGGAGAAAAUGGCCGCUCCACGUACAACAUCAUCGAAGGGAACGAGAGGGAUAUUUUUGAGAUAACCACUGAUCCCCAGACACAGGAAGGAAUGCUUCGACUAAAAAAGCGGCUGGACUUCGAGAGCCAGAAGUUCUUCACCCUGAAGGUGGAGGCGACCAACGUCCGACCCAACCCGCAGCUGGACAGCGCCAGCCAGUUCAAGGACACGGCCACGGUGAAGAUCGUGGUGGAGGAUUGCGAUGAGCCCCCUGUCUUCUCCAGGUCCACCUACUUGCUGAACGUGCACGAGAACGCCACUGUCAACACUGUCAUCGGACAGGUCGGCGCCCGUGACCCAGACAUCACGGGAAGUCAAGUCAGGUACUUCAUUGAUCGCCACACAGACCUGGAGAGGCAGUUUAAUAUUAAUGUUGAAGAUGGAAAGAUAACUCUAGCAAAACCACUGGAUAGAGAAACUGAGAUGUGGCACAACAUCACAGUGACCGCCACAGAAGUCAAUGCUAGAUUCUUCUCCUCUCAUCGAGAAAAUCCAUCCAUUCCUCAGAAAAAAAAUCACAGUCAGAUCUCACGGGCGAUCAUUGCCAUCCGAGUGCUGGACAUCAAUGACAACGCUCCAGAGUUUGCCACGGAGUUUGAAGCCUUCCUCUGUGAGAACGGGAAACCUGGACAGGUCAUUCAGACCGUCAGUGCCAUCGAUAGGGAUGACCCACAAAAUGGACACUCUUUCCUCUACAGCCUGGUGCCUGAAAUGUUAAACAACCCAAACUUUACAAUUAAAAACAAUGGAGACAACUCAAUCAGCAUACUGGCCAAACACGACACCUUCCGACGGCAGAAGCAGGAGAUGUACUACCUGCCAAUCAUCGUCACAGACAACGGGAACCCACCAAUGAGCAGCACCAACACCCUGACCAUCCGUGUGUGUGGCUGCAGUCGGGAGGGGAUCGUCCAGUCCUGUAAUGUUGAGGCCUACGUCCUGCCCAUUGGCCUGAGCAUGGGAGCACUGAUCGCUAUACUGGCCUGCAUAAUCCUGCUCUUAGUCAUCGUGGUGCUCUUCGUGACGCUGCGGAGACACAAAAACGAGCCGCUGAUUAUCAAGGACGACGAGGACGUGCGUGAGAACAUCAUCCGCUACGACGACGAGGGCGGUGGCGAGGAGGACACGGAGGCCUUCGACAUCGCCACGCUGCAGAACCCCGACGGCGUCAACGGCUACCUGCCGCGCAAGGACAUGAAGCCCGACCUGCAGUUCAUGCCCAGGCAGGGCCAGAACUCCGGCCCCAACGGCGUCGACGUGGACGAGUUCAUCAACGUGCGUCUCCACGAGGCGGACAACGACCCCACCGCGCCGCCGUACGACUCCAUCCAGAUCUACGGCUACGAGGGCCGGGGCUCCAUCGCCGGCUCGCUCAGCUCCCUGGAGACGGCGUCCUCUGAGUCAGACCAGAACUAUGACUAUCUCAGAGAGUGGGGCCCGCGCUUCAGAAGACUGGGGGAGCUUUACUCGGUGGGGGAGAGUGACGUAGAGACCUGACCGAGGAUCUAGCGGAAGCCCUUUUGACAUCGUCUGCAUACGUGCGUAUUACGUUAGGGUUAUAGACAGAUAUUAUUGACAGUUAUAAGCAGCUGUUUUAAAAAUGGAGGGGACCUGUUCAAAAAAUAUAUAUAGAUGAGCAAAACAAAACGGACAAAAAAAAAAAAACUUCAUAGAGGAAAGUCUAGCGACCAUCAUCCACCACAUCAAAUGCAUUGUAAUUUUGAGCCAAACUAAACAAUGUCUAUAUUAGAAGGUCAAUGAUUCUUGUGGUGUGAAUUAGAAUCUGUGAGUGUCUAGCAGUAUUUGAGGUGUUUUGUCAUUCACUGUGACUGCCUGAAGCAUGAAGACUUGGAUUCUUGGUAGUCGUGCGAGGUGCCAAGAUGGAGGACGCUCACUGGUGCUGUGUUGGUGUCGGCUUGCUCAGACCACGAAGGACGCCAGUCAAGAGCAGGCCAGUUGUCCAGCCAAUCAGAAAGAAAAUACUAAACCAUAAGAUCAUAAAUCAACAAGAAAACAGCAAUAUAUGAUCUUCAUUGAAGUAUUGAAUGUAAGUAUGAACACACAAAGAUAAAACGAUUUCACUAUUGGCUUUAAGAAGCAUUAGUUCUGAUACUCUUUGAUACCCAGUGGCUACAUUUAUUAUAUAAACUGGAUGAGCCUGUUGGCCUGCUUUAUACAAUUGUUUAUAUUCAUCUGUUCUAUUAUCUAGUGUGUGCUGCACACUCAAAGAAGAUUAGCCUAUAACAGACCAUAGGAUGUAAAGACAACUCUAGGUAAAAACGAGGCCUUUUUACAAAAGCAAACAUCAAAUACUGUUUUUUUUUUCUUAAAAGGAAAUGCUGUUUCUUCAGUAUAGUAACCAUCAUUUUAUAAUGUCAUUUGCUGGUUUUGUGUAACAGGUAUGAAAUGGGUGUUAUCUUGUUUCAUUCUAUGGACUUUUUUCACCAACCUCGCUGUUAUACUGAAGCUAAACUAGAUGUCCAGGUGAUCUCAUAUGAAGAAGGGAUGAACUAUAUUAAGCUACGAAUAUAAGAUAAUUUAAGUGUGUGGGGGUUUUGUGGUGUUGUGGGCGGGGGAGGAGGCAGCGGGGUUAAUGCAUAUGGUCUGUAUAUAUAUAGAAUGUUCAUUGAAGCACAAUAGCCGGACGGAUCUUGUUUAUAUGAAUAUUGGACCACUGGACACUGAAGUCAUUGCAAUUAUAAAACUGAUAAUCUUAGCCCGUGAAAAAAUACAGACAUGCUUAUUGUGCUAUACUGUAUGAUAUUAGACUAAAAUACAUGUACAUAGGAUUACUGCUAACUUUCUUAGCUUUUCUUUUAGGCAUUAGGUUUGUCUAUGCACGUAGGCUAUUGCACAUGAGAAUCUUAAAAGGCACUUCAGCUGCGUGCAUACUCAAUUUGUACCAAUACUGUAUAUUGCAGUUCUCUGUAGACUCAACGGUAAAUAUGAAAUAGUCUUAUCUGCAAUUCAUAUUUUCUACUGUGCUUUUGACGCUUAUAAACUUAUGUAUGUUUCAUUAUUUACUCUCUGUAUCGUACUCAAAGAUACCCCUGUAUUGUUUCCUACUUUGUGAAAUAUAUUUUUAUAAAUAC